GAAAUACUCACACUUGUAGGCUUAGCGUUCUUUAAUUUGAGUUCAGCAGCCGCGAGGUUUGUUGUCUAAAGCGGGGAAACUGUUGUUGCUUUCCAACAGUAAGGAAAGGGAUAAACACGGAUUUCAAAAUCUGGCAAGAUCCACCUUUCUCUGUGCUGGAUUUUAAACCUUGAAACUUCGAGGUUUUUCUUUUAGAUUUUCUUUUUGUUUAGGAAACCUAAAAUAUGGGAGCUCAGUUGUCCAAGGGUGGAGUAGCUGUUGAGGGGAAAGCGGUCGCCGACCCGGCUGUCGCUAAAACAAAUGGCCAGGAGAACGGCCAUGUUAAAACCAAUGGAGAUGUCUCUGCCAAGCCCGAUGGGGAUGCAGCUGCCGUAGACGGGAAUGGCAUAGCCGAGCCAGCCAAAGAGGGUGAGAUGGGUGCUGGCGACGCCAUCGAGGCUGCCCCUGCUGCUGAAGGAGAUGCGGUCAAGGCCGAAGGGGAGGCCGCAAAGGAUGCCAAGAAGAAGAAGAAAUUCUCCCUGAAGAACUCCUUCAAGUUCAAGGGUAUCUCGCUGAAGAAGACCAAGAAGAAUAGUGAGGAGGGCAAGGAGGCUGCCGCCUCCCCCACAGCGGAGGACAAGCCAGAGGAGAACGGCCACGCUGCCAAGGAGACCAAAGAGGAGACGCCAGCUGCCGAGCCUGUGGCAGAGGCCAAGGAGGAGGCCACUCUGGCCCCAGAAAGUGAGGCCGCAGCAGCAGAGGAAGCCCCUCCGGCAGAGGAAGCCCCCGCCGAGGAGGCCGCCACCCCCGCAGAGGUCACGACACCCGCAGCAUCUGAGGCCGAGCCCAAGGCAGAGUGACCGUGCCCGCCACGGCUACUAGAACGUUAUUUCUAAGAUUAAAGUAUAUAUGAGAGACUCGUGCCACAUUCUUAACAUUAUAAACAAAACUACAAACGAAGACAAAUGAAGAAGGAUAUAUCACAUUUGCUGAUUCAGCCACCAGUUCACUGCCUUUAUCAUUUCUCUGCUGAUGGAAUCUCACCGGCCCUCUCAUGAUGAAACUGUUGGCUUACGGUGCCCACUCAUGGUACUUACUGGAACUGGCGUGUGGGGAAGGUUUUGGAUUGGUUGUAGAACGAAUCUGGAAUACUGACUUAUUUUCCCAAUUCAUGGAGACGCAUCCUUUUAACAGCGUGGCAGCCCUAUAACAUUUUCAUUUCUUUCUCAUAUCUUGGGAUCUAAUAAUUGACAGCGGUUAUGGAGCAGGGCAGACCAUCUCCUUCACUCAAAAUGACUGUUAUAUGGACAUAAACCGUUCAAAUGAUCUUAUUAAUUUCUUGAAUUCUACAUUCCUAUGUUUUACCCCCAAAUUUCAAGUAUUUUGUGCUGUAUAGGGAAAAUGAAUUAAAGCAGGGGAGGUGGAAAAGGCGACGUCUUUGUUUGUGCAUUUGAAUAAUUUUCUGUCUAAAACCACAUUUGCGCUUUCUGGGUCUUGUAGUAUUCACAUUUCAGAGUUUAUGAUGCAGGGGUUGGGGUUGUGUACAAAAUGUGCUUUUUAUCUGCAAUUUGUCUCUGUAAAUAUGUUUUGGCCAAUAUUUUUGGUUCUUUUAUUUUGCUAUCGUUUUAAAGAUGUUAAUGGUUUUAUUGUAACUUUUAAUAAGGGUAAAUAAAUGUUUGAUCCCC